UUUCACAUAUAAAUAAAAUUCAUAUUGAAUUCAUUUCAUUUCUCCUCAGGAAUCGCCAAAAGCGAGUCACAAACAAGUGGUGCCGACUUUCUUCCAGCGCCCCGUAAUAUAUCGGUUGUACUCAUCCAAUGGUAUCCGCCGGCCGUACGGGUCAACUGGCAGUUUGAUUGGUCGCUAACACAUAACCAUAAGAUUAGGGCAUUUCAAAUAGUCUACAAUCCAAUCAGAUCGAGUGUAUUUUUAGUCUUUUAUAAGAUAUUAGACCUGAAAU